CUUUCAUUGGUCGAAACAGACGCUGCAGAAGCGCGAGCGGGAGCGCAAAGGGCAGUCCAGGGUAGAGGGGUCCCGUCUUGCAUGAGGCGCCAUGACCAUGAUGCUCGUCCCCUUUUCGCUGCCUCCUGGUCUCUUUGUAUCCAAUCUCUACAACACCACCACACAACCAUCACCAACCUCCUCCCUCCCUCUUGAGAAGAGGGAGCAUGUGCAGGCUACAGAGUCUCGUUUCUGGGACUUGCGGCCGCAGUUGACCACCUAGCCAAUGCUCCAAUGGCCCGAUUCUCCCUUUUCCGCCUGCCUACCAAGCUGCGGCGCAGGGUCAGGCGUAAUCGCAUGGCUACCCUUAUAGCCCUCGUCGUCCUCGUAGGCCUCCUAAUCUUUCCCUUCUACUCGGCCUAUUGCGUCUACAAACCUCCGAGAUACCUCAUCAAUUGGCUGCGGAGGAAGUACCCAGACGUCCUGUUCGAAGAGCCCACCGACCAGAAGAUCAUCGCCCUAUCUAUCGACGAUGCGCCGUCCGCCCACACCGAUGAUAUCAUGCAAGUCCUGGAGGAGAAUGAGGCCCACGCUACCUUUUUUGUCAUAGGAUCUCAGGUUGAGGGUCGCAAGGAUAAGCUCGUCAAAUUGGUUGCAAAGGGGCAUGAGCUGGGAAACCAUGCCAUGCAUGAUGAGCCCUCCAAGUCACUCAGUAACGAAAAGCUGCUGGAGGAAGUCCACCUCGUCAAGGACAUGCUGACGGAGGCAUACGCCGCCAACGGUCAGAUCCUCCCCAACAAUUACUUCCGUCCAGGAUCUGGAAUAUUCAACAGACGGAUGCGAGAUGUGUUGGGAAACCAGGGUUUUCGCAUCACUCUGGGCAGUGUGUAUCCUCACGACCCCCAAAUACCAUAUCCUGAUACCAACGCGAAGCAUAUUCUGAGCAUGGCUCACCCGGGAGCUAUCAUUAUCUGUCACGACAGGAGAUCAUGGACUGUGCCCAUGUUGCGCACUGUUCUUCCUGAACUCAAACGGCAGGGGUAUCGGGUUGUUACCAUCACAGACCUUGUGAAGGCGGUGUCGUCUCAGAACCAACGGCAACAACAUCUUUGAACUCUCGUGAGCGUUCCUUUUACCUAUGCAUGCAUUGAUCCGGGGAUUACUAGAAUGUUUGGAUAUGGUCUAGGGUAUAGAUUGGUUUGUCUAUCAGGAAACAUUAGAGUGUAAUUUUUAACGACCCGUCUUCUUCUAUGAGUUUG